AUGGAAUUCUUCCAAAAGGCGAAAGUGGUGCGCUUGAGAAGCCACCAUGAUAAAUACAUGUUGGCUGAUGAUGAUCAAGAAACCGUGUUCCAAGAUCGUAAUGGGUGCUACAAGAAUGCUAAAUGGACGGUGGAGAUUGUGGAGAAUGCAAAUGUAAUAAGGUUGAAGAGUUGUUAUGGGAAAUACUUAACAGCCUCGAAUAUGCCAUUCAUACUGAGAGGCACAGGCAAAAAAGUGAUACAAACAUUGCCUAAAAGGUUAGAUUCUUCUGUGGAGUGGGAACCCAUAAGAGAAGGGGUUCAAGUGAGGCUGAGGACAAGGUAUGGGCAAUAUUUACGAGGUAAUGGAGGGUUGCCACCUUGGAGGAACACCAUCACCCAUGAUGUUCCACAUCGAACUUCAACAGCUAAUUGGGUUUUGUGGGAUGUGGAUAUUGUGGAGCUUCAACCAAAAGCCCUAGCUCCUAAACCAAGACCAAGACCUACGCCAAUUACACCACCCAAUCGUUCUAUGAAUCCAACACCAAAAGAUCUUUCUCCUUCUCCUUCUCCUUCUACUUCAUCUCCAUUAAAUUCGGACAUGGAUUCCCUUAUUAAGAUAGAUCUGAGGUCUCCCACAUCGUCAGAGCCGGAAGAUAUAGAAGAGUCUCAAUCACCGGUAAAAGAAGGAAGAAUUAUAUUUUAUGAUGUGGGUAAUGAAAAUGGUGAAGUUGACGAUGGAAACAAAGGGGCAUUCUUUACAUUCAAGGGAAGUUGUGUGAGUGAGUUGAAGGAUAAAUUGAAAGAAGAAACAGGACUUGAUGAUAUUCUUGUGUGUUGCCGCAAUCCAUUCACUGCAAAACUUUAUCCCCUUCAUUUGCAGCUACCUCCUAACAACAGUGACAUGCAUGUGGUUGUGGUUCCAUCUUCAUUUAAAGGUGAACUUUUUUCAUUUCUAUCUUUUAUAACCUUAGCAAAAUAG